GUGGUGUGGAGCCCAAAACUGGACCUCUGCUUUGCUGGCUUCAAGUUCUCCGUUGUUGGUCUUUAAUGGGUCUUCCUUGCUAAGAAUUAGAGAGAGAAAACCAAAGAGAAAGGUGAAAUAGAUAGAUGGAGAGAGAGAAAGUUUCAAACUUUGGGAGCUAAUUCCAAUUCCUGCUUUCUAAAGUUUCUUCAUUUCACAUCUUCUUCGGUUGUUUCAUCAUCUUAUAUCUUCACUAGUUUAGAGCAAGGAAAACAGCUUCCUUGAUUUGAUUGAUCCACAGAUCUACCAAAUCCAUUCAUCCCCACGUGAAAUUUUUUCCCUUUUUGUCCUCUCCCCAGGUCCUCCUCUUCUUCAAAGUGUAAUUCAGAGUCAGUCAAACAGCAAGUGUAUAGUUCUUCGGGAAUCAAGGAAGAUACAGUUCACAAAUUGGGGUUUUUUAGUCAAAGUUGUAUUGAAUUCUUGUUAGAUGUUGAGCCCUUGGUGGGUUUGGAUGAGAUGAGGGAUGCUAUCUGGGUUGAUGAACUUUUUGAGGGCCUGUUUUCGGCCAGGGCCCGACCGAAAUGCUCACACCAGCUCAGAUGCUGUAGGUCGUCAGGAUGGACUCUUAUGGUACAAAGACUUAGGCCAACACUUCAACGGUGAAUUCUCCAUGGCUGUGGUUCAGGCCAACAAUUUACUUGAGGAUCAGAGCCAGAUUGAGUCUGGUUCUUUGGGUUUACACGAGUCAGGUCCAUAUGGUACUUUUGUUGGCGUAUAUGAUGGGCAUGGUGGGCCAGAGACUUCUCGCUACGUCAAUGAUCUCCUCUUUCAACAUCUCAAGAGGUUUACUUCAGAGCAGCAGGCAAUGUCAAUUGAUGUGAUACGGAAAGCAUAUCAAGCAACAGAAGAGGGGUUUUUCUCCCUUGUUACUAGACAAUGGCCUACAAGACCACAAAUUGCAGCUGUUGGAUCAUGCUGCUUGGCUGGUGUUGUCUGUGGUGAAACUCUUUAUGUUGCCAACCUUGGUGAUUCCCGUGCUGUUUUGGGGAGAGUUGUGAAGGCAACAGGGGAGGUUCUGGCCAUUCAGCUAUCAGCUGAACAUAAUGCAUGUAUUGAGUCUGUAAGACAGGAGCUGCAGUCAUUGCAUCCAGAUGACUCACAAAUUGUAGUUCUAAAACACAAUGUAUGGAGAGUAAAGGGUCUCAUACAGGUUUCUAGAUCUAUAGGAGAUGUGUAUUUGAAAAGGGCUGAGUUCAAUAGGGAGCCUUUAUAUGCCAAGUUUCGCCUACGUGAGCCUUUCAAAAGGCCAAUAUUGAGCUCAGAACCAUCAAUAUCAGUUCACCAACUGCAGCCACAUGAUCAGUUCAUCAUAUUUGCAUCUGAUGGACUCUGGGAGCACCUAACUAAUCAGGAUGCCGUUGAUAUAGUUCAAAAUCACCCACACAGUGGAAGUGCAAGGAGGCUAGUAAAAGCUGCUCUACAAGAAGCAGCAAAGAAGAGAGAGAUGAGGUAUUCCGACUUGAAGAAGAUCGACCGUGGUGUUCGCCGGCACUUCCACGAUGAUAUCACAGUAAUCGUGGUGUUUCUCGACUCAAACCUGGUGAGCAGGGCUAGCUCAGUCAAGUUCCCUAAUCUAUCCAUUAGAGGAGGUGGAGUCAACUUGCCCUCCAAUGCGCUAGCUCCAUGCACUCUACCAACAGAAGCCGGUAAUGCCUGAAGAAUCUGUAUCCCUUCCCAUGCUGUCUUUGUUGUAUCAUUCUCGUAUCAAUGUGAAUACACGAUAGCUUCCGGAAGCUUAUGAUAAAGAGGAGCAAGCCUUUGAUUCUUUAAUCUCCACUGUGAAAGUUGGUACUGAUAAUUUCAUUGAGAGGAGAGUAUAAGGCGACAAUUAUUAUAGUUAUUCACACCCUUUGUUUUUCUUUUUGUGUCAUUGUCCCUUUGACUUUUUUAGUGCCAAAAUCUUCUGAUUUUCAUUUUUCUGUUCUUGUUGCUUUCUCUCAUUCAUAUAUUACAUUCAACUGAUGCUGCUGCAAACAUGAAGAGAAGGUAAAGUUUUAUGCAAUUCAGGAUGGAAGACAGCAGUACUGGGCUGGAAAUAAGAAACAGCUAUCCUUGUU